GUAAAGUGCCUCUUUAGAAACCAUGAAGAAAAUUAGGAAUUUAGGUCGGACCUGGACAAGACUGGAUGACUUUGAAAGAAUAUUCUGGUAUCCAACUCCAGUAGCAGAUUAUAUUUACAGACACUGGAAGACAGAUGAACUCUUUGCAACAAUGUUUCUGAAUGGUUGCAAUCCAGUCCUUAUUAAAAGAUGUACCGAACUUCCACAGGCUUUUAGUGCCUUAAAAGAUGAGAAACUAGACAGCGGCAAUUCACUGUCUGCAGAAAUCAAGAAUAAUAGGGCAUAUGUGGCUGAUUACAGCAUACUGGAAGGAAUUAAGCCAAAUGUCUUAGAUGGCCAACAACAGCAUGUUGCUGCACCAAUCUGCAUUCUGUAUGAGGACCCAACAAAAGGACUUACUCCAGUUGCUAUAAAGAUUGGAAGAGCACCAGAUGAUCUAGUAUUCCGGCCAAAGGAUGGUCUUGCCUGGCUUUUAGCUAAACUAUGGGUUCGAAAUUCAGAAUUCUAUUUUCAUGAGCUAUCAUCCCACCUGCUUCGAACUCACUUGUUGGCUGAAGUUUUUGCUACUGCAGGAUACAGAUGUCUGCCAUAUACCCACCCAGUGGGCAAGAUUAUGUUCCCACAUGGAAGAUACACACUGGCAAGCUGUAUGAAUGCUCGUAACAAUUUCCUAAAUAAAAAUGGAUUUAUUGACAAAUACACAGGUGUUGGAGGUGGAGGCCAAUUUGAUCUCUUAGUGAAGGCUUUCAAACUAGUCACCUAUGACAGCCUUUGCCUACCAGAUGAUUUAGAAAAUCGAGGAGUGAAGGAUCUGAAAAAUUAUUACUACAAAGAAGAUGGAAUGCAGCUGUGGAAUGCAAUUAACGAAUUUGUUAACAACUUUGUUGACUUAGUCUAUAAAAAUGAUGGUGAAGUUAAGAAGGACAGUAAUCUUCAGGACUGGGUCAAAGAAAUAUUUCAUUAUGGUUUCUUAGAGAGGGAGGCUUCAGGAAUUCCUAGCAGUCUGGAAAGUAAAUCAGCUUUCAAGAAGUACCUGACGAUGAUUCUGUUCAUGUGCUCUGCUCAACAUGCUGCAAUGAACAACGGGCAGUUUGACAUUUAUGCCUGGGUGCCAAACUCUCCAACUACAAUGAGAAAACCUCCACCAAAGUAUACUGAAGAUGUUACAGAGGAGUUCAUUAUGCAAACAUUGCCAGAAAUCAAUGUGGCGUCCAGACUUAUGGUUACAAUGUACCUGACCAGUUACCCUGGGGAUGAUUUUGUGAAGCUUGGUGAUUAUCCAGAACACACAUUCGUUGAACCUGAAAUGAAGAGAUGUAUUGAACAAUUUAAGAAAAAGCUCAGGGAAAUUGAUGAGAAUAUAAAAGUGAGAAAUAAAAUGCUCUGUAGUCUUGAUAAGUUGCCAUAUAACUACAUGGAGCCAAGUCAGAUAGAGAACAGCAUUGCUAUGUGAAUACAGCAGUGACUACAGGGUACUGCUUCAAACUGCAAAGAAUCAGCAUGAAAACGAGAAAAAGAGCCCAAUAUCGUUAUUUUUAUGUUUGCUUUGUUUUGCUGUCAGGAUAUUUUGCAAAGAAUUAGACAUGGGGUGCUGUGUGUUAAAUGUAGAUUAAUCUAUACCCCGGUUACAUUAUGACACAUGAGAUGAAUCUAAGUGCCCUUGCAUUACCUAUGUUGAUGGCUAUUCCACAAUAAAUGUACAGUCAGAUUAGAUUAUUGCAUCUAAUAUAUGAGUUAUAUUAAAACAGGAACUGGUGAACUAAACAAA